AUGGAUGUUGAUGAGUUAUUUGGAUCAGGUGGACAUGCUUAUGUAUAUCUUUGCUACGGCAUGCAUAACAUGCUAAAUGUUGUAGCUGACAAAGAAGGAAUUGGCUCGGCAGUGUUGAUCCGUUCUUGUGCUCCUGUCACAGGGCUUGAAACUAUCAAACAGCGUCGAGGUUUGGAUACCGAUAAGCCCGUUCUUCUUACUGGGCCUGGCAAGGUGGGCCAAGCACUAGGGAUUUCAAAAGACUGGUCUAACCAUGCUCUGUUCACUCCUGGUGGCUUGGAGCUGUUAGACGGGCCAGAAGUGAACGAAAUAGUAGUGGGUCCACGCGUUGGCAUAGAUUAUGCUUUGCCUGAAGAUGUUAGUGCCUUAUGGAGGUUUGCAAUUUCAGGUAGCCCUUGGAUAAGUGCUCCUAAAAACACCCUCAAGGCACCUUAAUUUUCAAAUCAUGGACAUGACUGAUGGGAA